GCAAUUCGUAUCUGGCAACUCUGGUUGGAAUAGUUUGACAACAAAGAGGCCGGUGUCCGUUGAGUUGGUUAAUUCUCAGAGAUGUUUAGCCCAAUUAUCUUCAAUAUAUGACGAUUUAUGUUGUUAAGAUAUACACUUGAACAGCUUGUGGACUUGUGGACUGAGGGUGGCUGUUGAUCACGGCAACCUGUAGAUCACGGUGGCCUGUAGAUCAGGGUGGCUUGUAGACCACGGCGGCCUGCAGACAACGGUAGAACUUCAGCCACUGUUGGCGAGACAAGACAUGUUGAGAGUUCAGAAGUGUUCAAGUCUGCUAAUAUCUGUCCUCGCCAUAAACUUGCAUACUAGUACUGAUACAGAGUUGAGCUCUGGCUUUUUGGUCCCGCCUCUCCUGAGGGAGAAGUGGAUCAGGACUUCUCUAAUUGGUCCUUAGGUCAGAAGAAAAAUUACACUUGCUGUGCCAAGACCAUUAGAGCUCAUGUGUCAGAAAUACUGUGUACAUGGUGUCAUCAGCAGUAUCAUGAAACUCGUUACAGUGUCAGAAGUACCACAUGCACAAGGGUAAGACUUUGAUUGAGCCCAUUUCAACAUCCUGAUUAUUACAUUAAUUUUCUCAACAUCCUGUGAAUGAAUGUUUAUUUGGCUCCUUCAAAUAAUGUGUGCUGCCUUAUCACUCUGCAGCAAGCACACUUAAAUCUGAUGGGAAAUAUAAUAUUACAUAUCACUUUCAUCUGAAUCACCGUACAUGCAAUGUAUGAUAUAUAAUGUACACUGUACAUCCAACAUUUCAUGCAUUAUGGUGACAAUGUAAAUAUGUUUUUAAAUACAAAUGUAUUUGUAAAGGUAAAUGUGGUCUAUGGUAUAAUUGAUUUUAUAAUCUCAUUAUAUAUUGUGUUUUAGUGUAAUAGAUGUUUUUAAUAUUUAAUAGUUUUAUUUUCUGAGAAACUAUUAAGGUUAUGUAAAUUAAAUAUUUUAACAAGAUAAAUUUUUCUGUUUUUGUUACUGUACUAAAAUUUAAUAUAAAUAUUUUUCAUUUUAAAACUAAACACACUUUUCUACUGUAUGUGCUAUUUUAAUUGUUGGCAGGGAAUUCUUAAACAAAAAAAUCUAUUCACAGUACCCAGUACUGUAUAGUAAAUAUUGAUUCUUAUCUUGGACACGUAAUUUACUCUUGAAGCUCUUAGGGCUGCUUACCUGUUGAGUACCUGAUUAAGAUAAGUGGAUCACUGUUCCCUGGUAUGAUCAACCGGUAGUCUUUAGUAAUGUCUUUUCUUUCAAUAGUCUGGUUUGGCUGUGUUUUGUAUGUGGCCUCUUUGAUGUUUUAAAUUUUUUCCAUAGUACGCUAAUUGGAACUUAUCCUCAUUAAACAUCAUGUUAUUUUCUGUGACCCAUUGAAAGAUUUUAUUAACAUUGGAUUGGAGGUUUGCUGUAUAUCUAUAUUGUCAACUCGAAUAAAAAUUCUAGUGUCAUCUGCAAAGGAUGAUAAAGUACCAUAGAUUGUAUCCUUGUCUAUGAUAUAAGGAUAAGGAAAAGUAUCGGAGCAAUCACAGUAUAUCGAGGAACUGAGUUUUUCAUGGUGGAUGAUUCAAAUUUUCCUUUGUUGACUAUUAUACUGUGUUCUGGUUGUUAGGAAGUUAAAGAUUCAUCUCUUACUUUCCCUGUAAUUCCUUUGGUGCACAUUUUGUGUGUAUUAACACAAUGGUCUCAUUUCCGAAAGCUUUGUUGAAAUCUGUGUACAUUACAUAAGCGUUUUGUUUCUUCCAUGGCAUCUAAUGCCUUGUUAUAGUGGUCUAGUAAUUGUGAGAGGUAGGAACACCCUGUUCUGAACUCAUGUGGCCUAGGGUUAUGCAGAUGCUGUGAUUUCAUGUAUUUUGUGAUCAUCUUAGCACUCUUUCAAGGAUUUCUAUGAUGUGCAUGUUAGAGCUAUUAGUCUAUUAAGUUUUGCAUCAACUUUACUUACUCAUUUGUGAGGGCUAUCCAAAUAAGAUAUCAGUGUUCCUAAUGAUCAGAAUGUGUUUUCUUACUUCAAGGAAUAGCGGAUUAAUAAAUAACAGAACGUAAAUUGUACUUUCGAUACAUAUAUUCUUGUAAAAAUCACAUACACAUUUACACUUAAGGGUUCAUUGAAUUUAACCCAUGUGCUGUGGCUGUAUUUAUAAUAAGACAUUCUUCAUUGCAAUAAAGUAUGUGUGUUUCUUCAGAAGCGAUGCAAAAGACAUGUAAAGUAAGAUCAUCAGGUAAGAUCAUGAAAAGUUAACAAAAAAUUAACUUGCCACAGGAUUUGUUUGGAAUGUUUACAGAGCUAUGUAUACACUAAUUUUAUGCUGUUAGCUUCAUGUGGAAGAGUGCAUUUUUAUGUAAGCUUUUUCACUCGCGAAUUCUCGGGAAAUGUUGUACAGAAUGUUUUUAGGCUAGAAUAUUUUAUUAUAUAAUAAGCACAAUAUUUUCUCAGUAUUUAUGCAUCAGUAACACCAGUGGCUUUUGUAUUGUCCAAUUUUCCAUUCUCUUUUAUGUUUUGACAAACAAUUUGUUUGCUUUAAAUUCCUGCCAAAGAGAAUGGGAUAUUUCCAGAAGCUUAUUUGAUCUUCAUUACCAUCUAUUGACAGCAUAGAUGACACUUUAUAAUUUGUUUGCUCUGUGCUGCCUGUCAGGGUUGUAGCACAUAAGUUUUGUGUCCCACUAUCCAAAUGUUUAGCAUCCUUAACAACAUUUGAUUUAUGAAUAUAUGAAAUUCAUGCAGAUAAAAAACCACAUCAUCAAUACUGUACACAUCACAAACAUGUUAUUUAAACUUUUCAGUAAUAUUUAUAAAGCAAACAAGUGUUUAUUCAGGAGAUAAAUAAUAAUAAGUUUUUGCAUCAAAGAACUUUUCAGAUCUUAGCAUUCAAGUAAACUGUACAAAAGUGUCUUCAUAUGAAAAACAUCAGUAUUGAAUGUUCAGAAAUACUAUAAAAAUACGUCAUAUAACAGCAUACAGUACAAGUAUUUAUAAAUAACAAAAUCAGUAUUGAAGAUUCAUUGUCUAAAACUACUUUCAGAAAUAUCAAACGUUAAAUAUGAGCACUUAUUCCGAAGAGAAGCCAUAUCACUGCUCGGUGUGUCUAAAACACUUAUCAAGCAAAUCAUAUCUAACAGUUCACAUGAGGAUUCAUACAGGUGAGAAACCAUAUCAUUGUUCAGAGUGUCUAAAAGACUUUAAACAGAAAUCUCAACUAACAAUUCACAUGAGGAGUCACACAGGAGAGAAACCGUAUCAUUGUUCAGUGUGUCUAAAAGAUUUUUCACAUAGAUCUCAACUAACAGUUCACAUGAGGAGUCAUACAGGAGAGAAACUAUAUCAUUGUUCAGUGUGUGUAAAAGACUUUUCAAGGAAAUCACUUCUAAUAGAUCACAUAAGGAUUCAUACAGGAGAGAAACCAUAUCAUUGUUCAGAGUGUUUAAAAGAUUUUUCACGGAAGUCACAUCUAAUCAAUCACAUGAGGAUUCAUACAGGAGAGAAACUAUAUCAUUGUUCAGACUGUCUAAAAGCCUUUCCACAGAAAUCAGAUCUAAUAGUUCACAUGAGGAUUCAUACAGGUGAGAAACCAUAUCAUUGUUCAGAGUGUCUAAAAGACUUUAAACAAAAAUCUCAACUAACAGUUCACAUGAGGAGUCACACAGGAGAGAAACCGUAUCAUUGUUCAGUGUGUCUAAAAGAUUUUUCACAUAGAUCUCAACUAACAGUUCACAUGAGGAGUCAUGCAGGAGAGAAACUAUAUCAUUGUUCAGUGUGUCUAAAAGACUUUUCAAGGAAAUCACUUUUAAUAGAUCACAUGAGGAUUCAUACAGGAGAGAAACCAUAUCAUUGUUCAGAGUGUCUAAAAGACUUUAAACAGAAAUCUCAACUAACAGUUCACAUGAGGAGUCACACAGGAGAAAAACCGUAUCGUUGUUCAGUGUGUCUAAAAGAUUUUUCACAUAGAUCUCAACUAACAGUUCACAUGAGGAGUCAUACAGGAGAGAAACUAUAUCAAUGUUCAGAGUGUCUAAAAGACUUUUCACGGAAAUCAAUUCUAAUCAAUCACAUGAGAAGUCAUACAGGGGAGAAACCAUUUAAGUGUGCAGUUUGUCUAAAAGACUUUAAACAGAAGUCAAAUCUAAUCUAUCACUUGACGAGUCAUACAAUGGAGAAACCAUUUAAGUGUUCAAUUUGUCUAAAAGACUUUUCACAGAAAUCAGAUCUAAUAGUUCACUCGAGGAUUCAUACAGGUGAGAAACCAUAUCAUUGUUCAGUGUGUCUAAAAGACUUUUCACACAAAUCGGCUUUAAUAGUUCACUUGAGGAUUCAUACAGGUGAGAAACCAUAUCAUUGUUCAGUGUGUCUAAAAGACUUUUCAUAUAAAUCACAGCUAAUGUAUCACAUGAGUAGUCAUACAGGGGAGAAACCAUAUAAUUGUUCAGUUUGUGUAAAAGACUUUCAAAAUAAAUCAUCUCUAAUAGUUCACAUGAGAAGUCAUACAGGAGAGAAACCAUUUAAGUGUUCAGUUUGUCUAAAAGACUUUAAACAGAAAUCAGAUCUAAUAGUUCACUUGAGGAUUCAUACAGGGAAGAACCCAAAUCAUUGUUCAGUGUGUCUAAAAGGAUUUUCACGGAAAUCAUGCAUAAAAAAACACAUGAAGAUUCAUACAAGAGAGAGAAUUCAUACAUCAUAGAAACAGAAAUAUCAUCUGGCAUGGACUGAGGAGCAGAAGAUACGAAAAUAUUUUCUGUGAAAAGCUCCUUUGGCUUCCCGGAGCUAUACCAGGCUGAUGUGCAUAUAUUAGAUUGUGACAACAGUCAAUCGAUGGAGUUUUAGGCCUGCUGGGUACCAGAGCCAAAACCUGGCCCCCCCUCCCCCCCUCAAGAAGAGGCACAAGGAACAAUGGCCUAUAGACAACCCCGUGUAAUUGGAAGCAAUCCAUGUCUGCCAUCUACCAGGACUUUUUUGUAGAAAACCAUCUAUAAAAAUUGCAAACCGAAAGCCGAUCUAACAAGCAAAACUCCCUAAUCAAAAACAAACAGACAAGCAUGAUGUCACCACAACCGCCGCGCAUCUGUCUGCACAACCCUCCUGUGGGGAAUUCCUAACAAGUAUUUCUUAGUAUUAAUAGAUGAUAAAUGGACUGUAUGAGUGGACUGUAUUAAUUUUGGUUAUUUGUCAGGUAUUUCCACUUCUCCAAAAAAAAAUUUGAGGAAGA